UUAAUGAAUCGAUAAAUAUUUACUCGAUUAAAUGUACGUAAUCAUGUAUUAUUGCUGUUAUCAAGACUAUUAUAGGUAAACAAAACGUUGCAAAUUGUCCGGCUAAUAUAUAAAAGAAUAAAUGCAAGCACAACGUAUUAUUAUAAUACACCCAGGAUCGCUCUAUGUUAGAAUAGGAAAAGCCUCUGAUCUUAAUCCUAUUACUCUUUUACAUGCAGUAGCGUACCGACAGCGUGAAUCUACAUCUGCUCAAGAACAUAAAGAUGAGUUACUGCCACACGUGCAAGGCUCAGCCGAAACUCUCACAGAAUUUGAGGAACAAAGACUACAAGUUUCCCAUUCCAUACAAUCAUAUGCACCACAUCAAGAAACUUACGAACGCAGUGCCAAACGGCUGCGAGUUGCUACGCCACCGCAACAAAUUGCUACUUUCAACAGGCGAAGUGUUCCUGAGGCCCUUCCUAUAAUAGACGACAACAACUGCAACGGAAAAAGUGAAAAUGCAAUUGGACGUGAAAGGCUAUUUGACAAAGAUAUUUUAGCGUUAAACGAAAAAGAAGCAAUUGCUUAUAAUGUCCAUUUUCCAAUAAGACGCGGUGAACUAAAUUUGCAUAAAGGUGUUGGUGGUUCUAUGGCAGCAGUCAUAUCUAGCAUGGAAAUAAUUUGGUUGUAUGCAUUAAAAAAUCAUUUAAAUAUUAUGGCAGAUGCAUUACCCCAUUAUAGUGCUGUUUUGGUUGUAUCGGACGUCUAUAAUCGUAGUCAUCUACGAGAAUUGACAACAUUAUUAUUACAACGUUUGAGAUUUCGUUCAUGUUUUUUAUUACAAGAUCAUGUUGCGUCUACUUUUGGGGCUGGACUAAGUUAUGCCUGCGUUGUUGAUAUUGGGGAUCAAAAAUGUUCAAUAUCUUGUGUGGAGGAUGGUAUUAGUCAUCCCGAAACUCGUGUACGACUUUCUUAUGGUGGAGGCGAUGUGACACAAGUGUUUUUAAACCUUCUACUCAAGUGCAGCUUUCCUUACAGAGAAUGUGAUGUAAAAAAAGGUUAUGCAGAUGCAGCAUUAAUAAUGCAUUUAAAAGAACGUUUUUGUCAUCUUACUUUAGAUGUUUGUGGAGCGCAAGAACGUUGUUUUGAGGUAAAGAAAGAAAAUAAACGCCUACGAUACACUCUUCAAAUAGGUGACGAAUGUGUUGUAGCGCCACUAUGCCUUUUUCAUACAGAACUACUUAAUAUUACUGGCAAAACGAAGCAAGCAAAAGUUCAACUGCGAAGUAGUCAACAACCGGAUUCGGAAGACUGCUUUGAUGCCGAAUACAUAAGGGAAACAGGACGUCGAAAUGGAGUACGAGAUCAAUUACUUGAAGGGGCGAUACCAGUAACAGGCGAAGUGACUGAAGAUGAUUUAGUGGUAGACGAUGUGGUUGAUCGCGACGCCAAUAGUAAAACUAGUGAUAAAGAUGAACUUUUAUAUGUUGUAAACGGGCAGAUUAUGCCAAUUGACCAAGCUAUAGUUCGUAGUAUUGAACGUUGUUCAACGGAAGAGAUUAAGCGCAAAAUGUAUAGCUGUAUAUUGCUUGUGGGAGGCAGUACGAAAUUUCCAGGUUUCUCAAAAUGGUUGGAACAACGUGUUAUGCUUCAAUUAGCGGCCACGUCAACGUCAUACUCUGCAUUUGAAGUAAAUGCAUUCGCCAAAGAAAUGGACGCUGGUAUGAUAGCUUGGAAGGGUGCGGCUAUAAUGUCAUGUUUGGAGAGUGCACCGGAGCUAUGGAUAUAUUGUAGUGAAUGGGAGAAAUAUGGUUUGCGAAUAUUACGUGAAAAAGCACCCUUUAUUUGGUAAUUGGUAUUAAUUUUUGCCCAAUGAGGAUUAAACAUCCUAAACUAAAAAAUUAACAAGUGACUCAGUUGGAAAAAUCCACUGUUUGUAGUAAUGUAAAAAACGUACAAAUAAAAUACGAAGACAUUUAUACACUUUAAAA